AUGAUGACAAUGACUGCCAUGUGCAGUAUUUCUGGCACAGCGAAUAGUUUUUAGCUUCCGUCAAUUUAUCUUGCUACCUGCUACCACCGCUGCCUAUAAAAACGACUACCUCUCUCUCUCUGCCUCCCUACACGCCAUCACACACAAACCACACUUGCUGCCCACGUUUGUUUAGCCAAUAUAUUACAUUUGUAUUUGCAACCAACUAAUCUCCAACUAGCAGAAUGGUAUCAUGCAACCAAGGAGUAAUCUCCAGCACCAACGGUGACUCGUUCUGGGUCGUGCAUAUGGGGAAAGUUGACCAAGUUUGGAGCAAUAUCGAUGGCAACAAGGUACAAUGCAUGGCAGAGAAUGGUAUGCUCAAGUGUUGCUAUAAUAGCGAUUGCCGCUCGUUCACAUGUCCUGGCAUCGUUACCAGUGGCUCCGACCAGCUACUUCUUAUAGAUGCAAUGAGGAGAGCAGCGAACCAAGCCCCCAAGUCCAGCCCGGCAAGCCGCUUGACCGUCAAAUCGACUGCCGUAUUGCUAUCUGUACUGCUUCCCAUUGCUGCCCUUAUAUAAGCAGCAUGGUGGUGAUAUUAUCUUCGUCAUUUUUCUGUACCAAACAACAACGGAUACAUAAUAUAUCCUAAUGGAGAU